AGAAGAAGAAGAAGCCGACGGUGAUUGGUCAAGCGAAUUGCAUACGAACAAUGAUGGCCGGCCGUACGCUGCGCGUGGCGGCGUAAGCGAUGGAAUUCAAAUUCGAGUUCCCGCUGAAUGGCGGCUCUGAGGUCGGUAGCAGUAACGAGAAGUGUCACCCCGAGCCAGGGGACCGAGGUGACCCGGCGCCUGCGGUUGUCUCCCGCCCGCUCCGGGAGCACGUGGUCGAUAACCCUGCCGAUCUGAGGCCGCUGCUGGAACGGGCGACGGUGUCGGUGCUGGUGGCCGGCGGCCUUCGGAUCAAACACAUCGAGCCUUCGGCCUGCCUGCAUCCCGAAAGAGCGGGGCUUCCGUCUGGAGCGGAACAAGAGGAGGAGGAGGAUCCCGGGGCUGGAGCUGGACCUGAGAGAUCUGGGCUUGAGCCAGAGCGAUCCGGGUCUAGGGCUGAGGAUAAUCCCAGCGUGGAUCCCGAGAGAUCUGAGGCCGAAGAAGGUCCUGUGGGCGAGAGAUCUGCGCCCGGGACCGAGGAAGGUGGAUCUGGCGCUUCACCUGAGGGAAAUGGAGUCCAGGAGGGCGGUGCUGUGGACGAAAGAUCUGUGUCAGGGCCAGGGAAGGAAAAGCUUGGACCUCGGCAGGAAAAACUUUCCUGGGAUCUGCUGUCCAAAUCAGAUCUAGUACCCGGCUUGUACGAGGGAGGCCUGAAGGUUUGGGAGUGCACUGUGGACCUGGUCGAGUACCUGGACAAUGUGAAGCUGCAGAGUCAGAAGGUCCUGGACCUGGGCUGUGGCGCUGGGUUGUUGGGCAUCGCUGCCCUCAGCAAGGGCGCAGCCUGCGUCCACUUCCAGGACUACAACAGCGAGGUGCUGGAGCAGUUCACCAUCCCCAAUGUGGCCUUGAUGGGGCAAUCACUCCCUGGACUCGUGUUGGGAGAAAACGUUGAGCCUCCCGGGAAACGCAGCAGGACUGAAGGCCACCCCCUCUCCCGCUGCCGCUUCUUCUCGGGGCCAUGGUCACUCUUCGCUCACGUUCAUAGUGACGCUGGUGCAUCCUUCAGGUACGAUGUCAUCUUGAGUUCGGAGACUCUCUACAACCCCGACAGCUACCCCUCACUGCACCACACGCUGUCCAGUUUGCUCUCGGACCAAGGGACUGUCUACCUGGCCACCAAGGCCCAUUACUUUGGAGUUGGUGGGGGCAUCCACCUCUUCCAGAACUUUGUCAAAGAGAAGCACAUCUUCGACUUCAAGACAGUGAAAGUGAUUGAUGAUGGACUUCAGAGAUGCAUUGCAUUAAUGUCCUUCGUGAGGGGGAAGUCCUCUUGACACUUUUUCUUCACUGUUGGAGCAGUGACCUUGACCUUGGAUUAAGAAAGCUACCCUUUUUGUGCCAAGUGAAAAUGUUGUUUUUGUACAUCAAACAUCACUUCCUUUUAAUAAGUCAAAAUGCUUUCUGUAAUUUCCUACAAGUGAAAUGACUUCUGAAUGUAAAUGUAGUUACAGGGAGCUGAAUUGGAUAACUCUAUGGUUAAUUACUCAUAUUUAAUGCAAGUACCUAAAAAGUAAAUGUGCGACAAAUAUAUCUCUGCAUGUACUGCUGGGUAAAUCAUGCAUUCUGAAAACAUUUUCAUGGUCAGCUACAGUGACAACAAUAUUUGGCUCGAACUUGCAUUAGUAUAACAACAUAAUUGAGGCUUUAGGAGCCAGGAAUAAUGUGUUUCAAGUACAAUACAAUGCUUUCAGAAGAGUUUUCUUGUGAAUUUUGUGUGCUUCAUUGGAAAUGCUCGUCUCUGAUAUCAGCUCUGUCAAAAUGUGGCAGGGUAACAUUUUAUUUGGAAUUGUAUUUGAGUUUUGGAUUUUUUCCUGUUACUGUUGUUGGAAAUUAUGCCAAAAGUAUAAAUGUAUUUGUACUAAAUUUAUCUACUGCAAGAGUAAGCUCAGGAGAGGCUCGGAGAAAGCUAUGCAAUUUUUACUCAUUCAGUAUUAAAUACAUUUGAUUUAAAUAUGUUUGCUCUGAGCAUCAUUGACAACAUUUUUUGUUGAGCAAAUUGAACUGCUGAAGGUUGGGAAUCAAGAUAGUUGCUUUGUAAAAUUGACUUCCUAGUGAAAUAGGAAAACUAUUGUUUGUGCCAUGUAACAUGCUGUGUUAUGCUAAAAUGAACACUUCUUUUGAACUCUCACCAAAACACUAUGUAGAACUGUAGUUAAUUGAAUUAGCAAGUACUUGAGAUUCCAGAAUAAGAUUACUUAUAUCAGGUUAAUAACUUCAAAGCUGCUAUGCAGCCAUAACUUAAUUUGAUAAAUGUUACCAUGGACUUGGGUAUAUCUGGUGGGCUUUCAUAACCUAGGUGACUUGGCUAGAUUGUUAUGACAGUAUCACCAGUUAUGUACUGUACGGAUUUGACAAUCUGAUCCAUUUUGAUUUUCAUUGUAAAAAUACACAAGGUUGAGCACUAAGAGGCAUAAAAUAUCAUCCUGCUCCCAUUAUUCAAAAGCUUCAGGGAUGGGCCGCAGCAUCAGUUGUAUAUCCUUGUCUGAUUCUCUUAUCCUCUAAUGUCCAAAAAUCUAUCAAAGCCUUGAAUUUAUUUAAUACUGAGUAUCUGCAGCCAAUAUGUAUUCCAAAGAUUAAAAACUAAAGAUACAAGAUUGCCUUUCUCCAGUGUAUAGGAGAAUGAAAUGAUUGUUACUCUGGAACCAAUGCGCAGUGGGGAAAAAAAAAACACUAAGUAUUAAGAAUACAAAUAAAACACAAUAAAUAUAAAUACAUAAGAUUAGCUUAUAUACUUUGAUUCUAUGUACAUGAACUGAUGCUAGGUACAGGAAUAUCUUGUAUAAGAUGACUGACAGGAAAUUACGAAGUAGUGGUAGGGUAGGUUAAUAGGUGGAGAUUUUGAUCAGCCUGACAGCUUGGAGAAAGUAACUUUUUGAGUCUGGUAUUCCUGGCAUUGCUGCUGAGUAG